CCCUCUCUCCCUCCACCGCCUACUGGCCAACUAAACCCCACAAAAUCCGAUGCUUAUCCAUUGAAUGAGUAAUAUUUCCUCAUCCAAACCGAAAUGGAUGCCGCCGUUCGCUUCAUUUAUCUCACAACAGAUUCCAAAUUCAGCCAAAAAAAUGCUUUCUAUCCUCUCUCCAUUUUUUUGAGUGCUGGAUUGGAUAAAAUCCCACCCGAAGAGCGACAAAGAAGACCAAUAAAAACCCCAACUUUUUCCUCCCAUCAUCACCGAGAGUACGCGCGCGAGAGAGCGAGAGCCGGCCAUGGCGUCGAUUCCUUGCGCUAUCUAUGUCUCCAUCCCUCCUUCUUCUUCUUCUUGGGGGCUGAGGUCUCCGUUCGUGGCUCUCACGAGGCGGCUCGGUUGGCUCCGGGACUCGAGGAUGAGGGCCAAGGUGGGUCCCGCCUCCACCGGCUCGAGGGCCAGGUGCUGGUUCCGCUUCGGGAACAAGGGCGUCGACGCCGAGGGUGCCGGGAUCUACGGCAGCCAGGCCCGCGACGAUUUCGACCGGGACGACGUCGAACAGUACUUCAAUUAUAUGGGAAUGCUUGCUGUUGAGGGUUCAUAUGAUAAGAUGGAGGCCCUUCUAAACCAGAACAUUCAUCCAGUGGAUAUCUUGUUGAUGUUGGCGGCCUCAGAAGGUGACAAGCCAAAAAUUGAGGAACUAUUGCGAGCCGGUGCAAAUUAUGAUGUUAAAGAUGUAGAUGGAAGAACAGCUUUAGAUAGAGCAACCAGUGAUGAGAUCAAGGACUUCAUCCUAGGGUUUUCCAUUAAGAAAGCAUGAGUUCUGAGUUGCUCUGUUCAUAAUUAUCUCCUUUUUCUUUUCUUUUAUAUUUUUUUGGUCAGUUUUGCUCUUGCAGAACACUAGAAUGUAUUUAAAUGUUUGCAGAAUGUUAACCAAAUCUUGCCUGGAUGUUGCAAUUGUGAGUACAAACUCAUCAUAUCAUUCGUCCCCUAUUAAUACAUUCUGUGCGAGCUACCAAGUACUCAAAAA